UCUCUCUCUCUCCCUACCUCCCAGAUAUUGCUGGACUACAACUCCCAUCACUCCUGACCAAUUGGCCUCCAGCUCCCACAUCCAACAACAACAAUAUGAGGGGCGCCAUUUUCCCCACCUAUCCCUGACACAUCUGUCUGCAGCUUCUACUCUUCCUGAAACUGCCGCUAGAAAUUCAGCAUAAACCUCAGAUGGGGAUAGAAAGAUUCCUGACUGAAUAGGCACUGCCCUAAAAGAUAGAUAAAGUCCCCUCCCUGGCAAAGGGGGGGGGAUCGACGCCUUCAGUUUUCACUGACUGACUCACCGGUGCUAGAGUCAGGGAUGGCUGUACUAGUAGGCCGAGCGAAACUUCCUCUCAGGCAGCUGAUUCAGAGUUUGCUGAAAGGGCAGCACAUUUAUGUCAAAAGCUGCACCCAAGAAACCAGCAGCAGGUGCUGCAGCCCCUCCCCCUGCAGGAUUUUCCCUGGACAUAAAUGACCCUCAGGUGCAGAAUGCUGCCAUCCGCAUCCAGGCUUCCUAUCGUGGGCACAGGUCCCGCAAGGAAAUGAAGGAGAAGGGCCCCCCGCGGGUGCUGAAGAACCUCACAGACGUGAUGCUGAUCGAGGGGAGCGCAGCCAAGCUGGAGUGUCGCAUCAGUGCCUUCCCUGACCCCUUCAUCCGCUGGUCCAAAGAUGGUGCGGAACUCAAGGACGGGCCCAAGUACCGCUAUGUCUUUGAGGACCCAGACAUCGUCGCCUUGGUGGUCCGUGAUGCUGGCCUUCCUGACCUGGGCAAGUACACCAUCUCCGUGAAGAACCCCUUCGGAGAGUGCUUCGACUCGGCACGUCUCCUCGUGGAAGUGCCUGCCAAGAUUCAGAAGGGCCCAGACAGCACAAAAGCCAAGAAAGGCAGCACAGUCAACCUGACAGCCCACAUCAGUGGGGAGCCCGCACCUGAUGUUGGCUGGGCCAAGGAUGGCGAGGAUAUCGAAGAGGACGAUCGCAUAUACUAUAACAUCGGCAGUGACUCAACAACUCUCACCAUCAAAAAGGUGUCGCCGGCGGAUGCUGGGAAGUACGAGGUCUUUGUGGAGAACAGCCUGGGCAUGGACCAGUCUUUUGCACGCCUUGAUGUGAUCUGAGCUCCUGCCUCCCCCUGCCUCCUGUACAGUUCCCCCCCACAAAAAGAAACUCUCUGUCAUUGCAAAGUAUGGUCCAGGGCCAUUGCCCUGGAGAGAAGGCUGGGGAAAGCAAAUUAAGCCCUGCAAUGGCACUGUAGGGAUAUCCUGUCCUGUCCCUCCUAAGACGCAAUAGGGAGUCCUUCUCUCAUUGCCCCUUUGGCUCUCGCCAAUGUCAUUCUGCCAUACCUUUCCUGGCAAGAGUUCCCCACUGUGCCCCAGGGCUGAAUCCAUUUCUUGGGCAGGUGGGUCCCAUCUCCUUGCAGGCUAACCAUUUUGUGCAGCCAUCGCUGAAAUGCCUCCACUCCAAGGACGCAGAGGGGCUGUGCGGUCCUCCCAUCGGCAGCACCCGCUUUCCCCCAGCACUUCAGAGAUUGUGAACCAUCCCAGAAGCCUCCAGAUUCUUCCUGACCUGUUUUCUUGCUAUAUGAACU